GGUGAUGCCGGAUCCUCCCAAACCCCCCCCAGAUCUGGGGUCUCUCCAGGCCCUGCGGGACUCUCUGGAGCUCUCCCUGCUGCUCUCCCCCUCUGGCCCUGACCCCCCCGAGCUGCACCCGGUGCUGCGGCUGCCACUGUCCCCGACCCAGAAACUGCGACUGAUCCGGGGGGCUCAGCUCCUCACAGACAACCUCAGCUGGUCCCCCUCAGGUCCUCCCCUCGGGCUGGAUGCCCUGCGGACUGCGCUGAACAUUCUAGAAAAGUAUGGCCGCAACCUGCUGAGCCCCCGCCCACCGCGGCACUGGAGAGCUGUGCGCUUCGGCAACCCCGUCUUCAGGAGCACCGUGGGCGCCAUUCAGGGUGGCCGGGACGUGCUGAAGCUCCUGGGUUACACGGAGGAGUCGGGGGAGGGGCUGAGCUUCCCUCCCCCCCCCCAGAGGCCCCACCCCCCCCGUGUGGCCACUGUCACUGCUGAUGUCCUGGUGCUCAGGGCUGAGCUGGACCUGCUGCAGGCUAACCAGCACCCGAACCCCCAGUUUUUCACCCAGAUCUUACUCGGACAGGGUGAGCUGGUGACGGACGCACUGCCCCUGGAGCUCCUCCCGGCCGGUGGCCCCUCCAACCUCUCAGGUGGCCCCUCCCUCCUCUCAGGUGGCACCACCCCUGUGUCUGGGGUGGGGGAGGGGCGGGGUUGGGCCUGCCGCAGCUGCACCUUCCUAAACCCCUCCCCCAGUGUCCUGUGCCAGGUGUGCGAGCGCCCCCGCCUGGCACGGAGACCGCAGGCCAGUGCUGCCACUGCCCAGGUGUGGCCCUGCCCCCGUUGUACUUUCCUGAACCGUGGCCCCACCCCCACCUGCGAGGUUUGCGGCCUGGACCAUGUACCUUCCGGUGACGUCAUCGCGGAGGCGAACACGCCCACUCCCGGUGCAAUUCCAGCCACUUCCGGGUCUGGUGGUGUCACUUCUGGGUCUGGUUUUGUCACUUCCUGUUCUGUCCCUGCCCCUUCCUGUGUUGCCAUCUCUAAUGUGACCACGCCCACUCCUGCUGUUGUUCUCGUCACUUCCUGUUCUGGCCUUGCCCCUUCCAGAAGUGAAACGGCCACUUCCUGUUCUGGUCACACCCCUUCUGGAAGUGAAGUGGCCACUUCCUGUUCUGUCCAUGCCCCUUCCCAUGAUGCUUUGUGGCAGCGGAAGUUGCUAGAGGACGGGCGGCGCCUGGUGGCCCUUGUGAGGGCCGCUGAAUCUCAAGGCCUCCCCCCAGAAUCCCUCGGCCCCGCCCCUUUUUCCGAAAUUCCCGAAUUUUCUGACCCCUCCUCCGACCUGGACACCCAAAUCAGACACUUCCGGAGUCGCCUUGGAGGGGUCCUCAAGGCCCUACUGGAUCCCACCCCAAAUGGCGGCGGGGCGUCCCUGGGUCCGCUCUCAUUGGCCGAAGCCGCCUGGGCAUGGCUGGAAGGGGAGGGGAGGCUGGACCAUGCUCGUUGUGCUCUGAUUGGUCGGCGCAAGCAGCAGCUGCGCCUGCUGUCCAGCCUGGGUUUCCCUGCGCCGGUCUCGUCGCAGGCGCUGCAGCGACACCACGGCUGCCACUGGGGGGCACUGAGGGAACUACAGCGACUCCGGCUCCACCCCUUUCAUUUACGUCACUUCCAGGGGGUGGAGCCUGGGCUGGACUUCAACCGCACCGAGCUGCAGGCCCUGGUCCGUCAGAUCUUGGCCUCCCUGCCCGUGGCCAGCUGGGGCCGAGCGCUGCUGGUGGCCACGCUGGGCCGGGAGCUGGGACUGGGAGUGGUGCCCCAUCCCAGUAAGGAACCUUUACUGGUUGAACUGGUGGAGGCUGUGGGGUCCUGUGCCGACCGCGCGGCGCUGAGGAGGCGGCUGAGGUGCGAGUGUGCUGUCUGUGGCUGGGGGCUGCCGCGGCAACUGAUGCAGUGGCUGCCCGGCUGCUCAUGCCCGCUGUGCCCCGAGUGCUUCCGGCUCCAUUUCACCGUCGGUGUCCGUGAGCGCGGCGUUGGCGCCUUGGGCUGCCCCAGCUGCGGCCGCCCAGACCUGCGGGACGAGGCCGAAAGACUCUGGUACUGGUCCACACUGGAGCCACAGCUGCGGCAGUGUUUGGACCCUGACACCUUCGGCCUCGUGACCCGGAAGUUGACGGAACUGGAGCUGCUGAAGGACCCCCAGUUCCUGUGGUGCCCCCAUUGCUCCUUCGGGUUCAUCUUUGAGGCUGAGCGCGGCCCCGCCCAGUGUCCCCAGUGCCACAAGCAGUGCUGUCCCCGCUGCCAGCUCCCGUGGGACCCUCGUCACUCCUCGCUGUCCUGCACUGAUUUUGGGUCGUGGCUCCGCUCCAGGGAAACACCGGGGCCCAGCCAGGGCUUGGGGGCGUUCUUGGGGGAGAUGGGCAUUGAGUGCCCCCAGUGCGGGCAGUGCUUUGCCCUGGCCCGAGGUGGCUGUUUGCAUUUCCAGUGCUCCCAGUGCCAGCACCAGUUCUGUGCCGGCUGCGGGGUCCAGUUCCACCAGCCUGGGAGCUGCCCCUCCCCUCAGUGCCACCUGCGGGGAUCCCUUCAUGGCCACCACCCUCGGGAUUGUCUGUUCUACCUGCGGGACUGGGCCCCAGACCGGCUCCAGCAGCUGCUCACGGCUGCGAAUGUCGCCUUUGAGACGGAGCCGCCCCCUGAGGCCCCAUCCAACCCAACUGGUCAGUGCCCGGUGCAGGAGCAGAAGGAGCUUGGGGCAACGCUGAGGGAUGAAAACUGCGGGAGAGAAACGGCUCCAGGACAGGCUGGACUCUGCCGCGGUCACUACACCGAAUACCUGGUGUCCCUGAUCAACCGCCAUGGGCUGGACCCGGCCCCUCUCUACACACCCGCCGAGCUGCGCGCUGCUGCCCAGCGCCACCUGGCGGCCGGGAGGAGCCACUGUCGCCCUGGCGAGAGCGAGGCCGAGCACCUGCUGCGCCUGCGCCGAAUGCUGGGGGAGGAGGCGCCCAUCCGGCCACGCCCACCACGGGCAAUAUGCAAAUGAGGGGGGACAAAUAUAGGCAAAGUGACUGUAUAUGGGAGAAAUAACCAUAUAUGGGAAAAUGGGAAAAAUUAUCAAAUAUGGUCAAAAAUGGAAAAAAUGUGGGAAAAAAUUGAUAAAUAUGGGGGGAAAUUGCGUUUUUGGGGGAAUUUGGGGAAUUUGGAGGAAAUUUGCGUUCAUUUUUGGGGCAUUUUGGAACAAUUUUGGAACAAUUUUGGGUCAUUUCGGGGCAAUUUUGGGUGAUUUUGGGUCCUUUUAAGGGCAUUUUCGGGAAUUUUGAGGUCAUUAGGGAGAAUUUAGGGAAAUUUUGUGGACAUUUUGGGUCAUUUAGGGUCACUUUGGGAAGGCUGGGGACAUUUGGGGGCAAUUUUGGGGAAAUUUGGGAUCAUUUUGGGGCAAUUUUUGGGAAUUUUUGGGUCAUUUAUGGGUCAUUUUAGGGUCACUUUGAGAUCAUUUUGGGGCCAUUUAAGGACAGUUUUGGGGUAAUUUAGGAUCAUUUUGGGGCAUUUUGAGGGAGUUUGGGGUCAUUUUUGGGUCAUAUUGGGUCAAUUCGGGUUAAUUUCGAAGCGAUUUUAGGACCUUUUGGGGUCAUCUUGAGGCCGGUGACCCCACCCGAGCACCAACUGUGCCUGCGCCGACUGCUGGUGGAGGAGGCGCCCGUCCAGUCACGCCCACUGCGGGCAAUAUGCAAAUGAGGGGGAACAAAUAUGGGCAAAAUGACCAUAUAUGGGAAAAAUGGAAAAAAAAGACUAAAUACGCUAAAAAAUGGAAAAAAAUGGGAAAAAACAGGAAAGAUGGGGGAAAUGGUGGUUUUGGGGGUUUUUGGGGUGAUUUUUGGAGGGUUUGAUGUCAUAGCAGUUUGGGAGAUUUUUGGGGAAUUUUUGGGACAUUUUGGGGGUUUUUGGGGAAUUUUGGGGAAUUUGGGGCAAUUUGGGGACAUCUUGGGGAAUUUUUAGGGUAAUUUUGGGGGAAUUCUGGGUCACUUUGGGUCAAUUUGGGAUAAUUUUGGAGCAAUUUCAGGACCUUUUGUGGUAAUUUUGGGGUCGGUGACUCAGCGAAGCACCAACUGUGCCUGCGCUGAAUGCUGGGGGAGGAGGUGCCUGUCCAGUCACGCCCACUGCAUGCAAUAUGCAAAUGAGGAGGACUUAUAUGAGGGAAAAUGACCAUAUAGGAAAAAUGGGAAAAAAUGGAAAAAUGUGGGGGAAAUGGCGGUUUUGGGGGAUUUGGGGGAGUUUGGGGUAAAUCUAGGGGGAGUUUGGGAAAAUUUGAGGAAAUUUUGGGGUCAUUUUGGGGGAUUUUUGAAACAUUUUGGGGACACGUAGUGUCACUUUGGGGAUAUUUCGAGAGAAUUUGGGGCAUUUUGAGGGAGUUUUGGGUAAUUUUGGGGUCAUUUAGGGCCAAUUUUGGGGAAAUUUGGGGUCAUUUCAGGGGCAUUUUUGGGGUCAUUUUGGAGCAGUUUGAGAGAUUUUGGGGGCAGUUUUGGGGAAUUUUCAGGACAUUUUGGGAAAAUUUGGAGGAGUAUGAGGAUCAAUUUUGGGGCCUUUUGGGGUCAUUUUGGGAGAAUUUGGGAGCAUUUUGGGGACCAACUGCACCUGUGCUGACUGCUGGGGGAGGAGGUGCCCAUCUGGCCACGCCCACCACGGGCAAUAUGCAAAUGAGGGGGAACAAAUAUGGGCAAAAUUACCGUGUAUGGAAAAAAUGGGAAAAAUAUGGGAAAAAAAAUGGGGGGAAAUGGGGUUUUGGGGUGAAUUUGGGGGAUUUUGGUGUGAUUUUGGGGGAUCUCAGUGUCAUUUAGGAGCAGUUUGGGGGAAAUUUGGGGACAUUUUGGGAGAAAUUGGGGUCAUCUUGGAGCAAUUUUGGGGAAUUUUGGGGUCAUUUUUGGGGAAUUUUGGGGUCAUUUUUGGGGAAUUUUGGGGUCAUUUUGAGGUCAUUUUGUAGCAGUUUGGGAGAUUUUUGGGGCAGUUUUUUGUGAUUUUGGAACAUUUUCGGGCAUUUGUGUUGGGUUGAUGUGGCCAGAAAUGUGUAUUCUAUCACCAUCUGUUAAAACUGGGUGAGGGAGUGAUUAUUUAUCUCAGUGGUACUUACCAUCUGCUAAUGGUCCAUCAUUAAGACAAGAUGGGGCAAUCAACUUUAUCUUUUCCACAACCCAUUCUCCCUCCAGGAAGAUGUCAUCUGCUGUGGUCCAUUAAGUCCCACUGUAUGACUGAUAAAAUUACAUCGUCCCAUUGGGAGAUGCUCCAGCCAGGGGGAGGAACCAAGCCUUUCCUACCUAGAUAAAAACUGAGAUUUUGGACAGCAAGUUACCUUCUUUCCACUGGAUUCCAGAGGAGAAGCCUGACCCUUUCUACAUCAUCCCUGGACUUCUGGAGGAAGGCUGCACCCUUCUACAGGCGCACUGCUUCAGCUGAACCACAUCUGCCACUGCAGGGGGACUGUAACCACCAUUUGACUGGACUGCUACCAGCGCUCUGACUGACGGGGUGUCAGAUUGUAUUCUGAUUCUGUCAGGGUCGGGAUUGGUUUUUUUUUUUUUUGUAAUAUUUUGUUUCAAUUUUCUCAGUAAAGAGCUGUUAUUCCGAAUUGCCAUA